GGAUCCACCUCCAUCCAGGCAGCAGACAGCACAGCAGUCAAUGGCAGUAUCACGCCUACAGACAAAAAGAUAGGAUUUCUGGGACUUGGCCUGAUGGGAAGUGGCAUUGUCUCCAACUUACUGAAGAUGGGUCACACUGUCACUGUCUGGAACCGCACUGCUGAGAAGUGUGAUUUGUUCAUCCAGGAGGGGGCACGGCUGGGAAGAACCCCCGCUGAAGUUGUCUCCACCUGUGACAUCACCUUUGCCUGUGUAUCAGAUCCAAAAGCAGCAAAGGAUCUGGUACUUGGUCCGAGUGGAGUGUUGCAGGGGAUUCGCCCAGGGAAGUGUUAUGUGGAUAUGUCCACCGUGGAUGCAGAUACAGUCACAGAGUUGGCCCAGGUGAUAGUGUCCCGAGGUGGUCGCUUUUUGGAAGCACCGGUCUCAGGAAAUCAGCAGCUAUCUAAUGACGGGAUGCUUGUGAUCCUGGCCGCUGGCGACAGGGGUUUAUAUGAGGACUGCAGUAGCUGUUUCCAGGCAAUGGGGAAGACCUCUUUUUUUCUAGGUGAAGUAGGCAAUGCUGCCAAGAUGAUGCUGAUUGUGAACAUGGUUCAAGGCAGCUUCAUGGCAACGAUAGCAGAAGGACUGACCUUGGCUCAAGUGACUGGCCAGUCCCAACAGACCCUUCUGGAUAUCCUCAAUCAGGGACAACUUGCCAGCAUCUUCCUGGACCAGAAGUGCCAAAAUAUCUUGCAAGGAAACUUUAAACCUGAUUUCUACCUGAAAUACAUACAGAAGGAUCUUAGAUUAGCUAUUGCACUGGGUGAUUCUGUCAACCACCCAACUCCCAUGGCAGCUGCUGCCAACGAGGUCUAUAAACGAGCAAAAGCAUUGGACCAAUCAGACAACGACAUGUCUGCAGUGUACAGGGCCUACAUCCACUAGGCUGCACCAUUCUUACUGUUAAUACUAUGAUUAUUGAUUAAUAUUAUUAUGAUACUGGGUUUUAACUCUGGACCAGUCCAUCUCUGUCUCUCCAUUUCCUUUUAUACACAGACUUUGAGAUCUGCCACGGAGGCAGCUGCUGCGGUGAGCCUUCCCCUGGUGGCAGAAGGGGGGGAGGAGGGGGCUCGGAUUGUUGCAGUCUAAUUAGAAAAAUCCAUGCCAUGCACUGACAGUCAUGGAACAGAACAGUGGCAGCUUGUUCAGAAGCUCUGAGGCAAUUCUGCCAGAAGUCUGCUGCUUGGCUGCUUUUAUUUUCCUCUUUGUAUGCUUGUCCAAGAUGCUGUUUCUAACGA